GGCAUUGGCAACCUCUGCUGCCCCUGCCGCCGCUGGAGUGGACGGACCCUCCCCUCCAUUUCCCCCUCCUCGCCCUCGCUUCGCCCAAACACAACCGGACCCUGCUGCUGCUAUACUCUCGGACGCAGAAAUCCUCUGCUUCCGCUUGGCUUGCGAUGCUUGUUUGAGUGCGCGGGCCUGCGGUGAGGUGAGGCGACAGCGGCGCCCGGCGGUUGCAUGGUGGUUGAUGGUGGCCGAUGGAGAGUAGACGAGGAGGGUCGACGGCGGCGGCGGAAGAUGCGGGCGGGGGGAUGCCGAGCUUUGGGCCACCUCAGCACGCCAUCCACACAGAUGUGAACAGCAUGCAACCUUCUCGAGUUACCGACUUUGGGGCACUUGCGCAGUCAGCUGGAUUCCGAAUAGAAGAUCUUGCUAACCUCAAUGCAAAUGCUUUGUUCAAUCUGAAGCCAAAUACCCAUACAAUUAACAACAGUCCUCUUCAGUUUGGAAGUUACGGGAAGCCUAUUUCUCCUCACAUAAAUACUAUAGAAGCAGCAACAGCUAAAACAAGAAUUGACCCUCAGUUGCUAGAACAGCAAACAGGAGCACAAUCAAAUCUGGUGGCAUUACCAACUGGUAACAUCGAGAAUUGGGGAGAGUCAGCUAUGGCUGGUGGUAGCCCUAUGACUGACACAUCUUCAGAUCCAGACACUGAUGAGAGGAACCAGAUGUUUGAACAAGGCCUGGUUACUGUCCCCACAGCUUCUGAUUCUAGUGACAAAUCAAGGGACAAACUAGAUCAGAAGACACUUCGGCGUCUUGCCCAAAAUCGUGAAGCUGCCAGGAAAAGCCGUUUACGAAAGAAGGCAUACAUCCAAAACCUUGAGAGUAGCAGACUGAAACUUACUCAGUUAGAGCAAGAGCUUCAGCGGGCUCGUCAACAGGGUAUUUUUAUUUCGACAUCAGGAGAUCAACCUCAAUCAACAAGUGGAAAUGGAGCUUUGGCAUUUGACAUGGAGUAUGCACGCUGGUUGGAGGAGCACAACAAACAUGUAAAUGAGUUGAGGGCUGCUGUCAAUGCACAUGCCGGUGAUAAUGAUCUUCGUGGUAUUGUUGAUAGCAUUAUGGCACACUACGACGAAAUUUUCAGGCUCAAGGGUGUGGCAGCUAAAGCAGAUGUUUUUCAUGUGCUGUCUGGGAUGUGGAAGACCCCUGCUGAGAGAUGUUUCAUGUGGUUAGGUGGCUUCCGAUCAUCUGAGCUUCUUAAGUUACUGGCAGGUCACCUAGAGCCUCUUACUGAUCAGCAGCUUGUUGGUAUAUCCAACCUGCAACAGUCCUCCCAGCAAGCUGAAGAUGCUCUUUCUCAAGGGAUGGAAGCGUUACAACAGUCGCUUGCAGAAACUCUAGCAUCUGGAUCCCUGGGCCCUGCUGGACCUUCUGGCAAUGUUGCAAAUUACAUGGGACAAAUGGCAAUGGCUAUGGGAAAACUUGGCACCCUUGAGAACUUUCUACGGCAGGCUGAUAAUCUACGGCUGCAAACACUUCAACAAAUGCAACGCAUAUUAACCACCCGACAAUCAGCACGAGCCCUACUUGCAAUAAGCGACUACUUCUCUCGGCUGCGUGCUUUGAGCUCUCUUUGGCUUGCCCGUCCAAGGGAAUAAAUUCAAUUAAUUCAUAAAUAGGAUAAUUUUUUGUACUGUCUCUAGUAUGUCCAUUAGUUUCUUCACAUGUUAGUGAGAUAUUUGGAUCUAAGAUCUUAUGAAGGGAUGACAUGUAUGUGUUCAAGUGAACGAUCAGUUCAUAUUGUAGGCCGUCAUGGGUUAUUGGAUAAGUUUGUAACAAUUUUGGAUAAAAAAACAGAGUUGUAAAUACAUCCGGAAUAAUCUAAGAUCUUAUGAAGGGAUGAUAUUGGAGGAUA